UGUGCUCAACAUGGUGCUUCACGCGUAGGCGGUUUCGCCCGCUGCUUUUGCUCGUGUGUGUGUUUCUUGUCCUGCGGCAUCAUGAGCGACGACAGAUCACAUAUGUCGUUCGCAAUAGUUCAUUUCCUUGACCGUGACGAGGUGGGGAUUGUACCAGUUUCUUGGAUCCAUGGAAACACUUGCAAGUGGCCAAACCUGCCCACUCGCAUCGUUGAUAAGAAAGUAAAGAGAGGAUUGCCUCCUGGUGAAGAUUCUGACGACAUCGAAAUUCAAGUUAAAGGGCUAUUCAUGAGCUGGGGAGAAGCACGCAAGAUGCUGCCCGCUGCAGAAUACCAUUCGGACUUGAACGAGAGCAGAUUGCCCCCCAAGCGAAUCAGGCGUCCAAGAAUGGUGUACAGUGAUGAUGAUGACGACUAUGACUUUCCGCCUGUCCCACAGAAUUUUGCAGCCAAAGGAAAGCUGCCUGUUGCUGUUCCUUUGGACACUUCUGCACACAGCAGAAAGAUUGCAGCAAAGCAAACUCUCACUGAUGGGUGUUCUAAUUCUCCGUGUCACACAAAUUCCCGUGAGAGACAGUCAGGCAAGCAGCUUGACUCUAGGUGUCCAUCCAGUCAGUCGUCAUUCACUGAUGAGUCAACUCCAUUAAGGUUUUCAAGUCAACGAGCUGUGAGUACCGAGGUAGAGAGCACACGUUCAGUGCAGCUUGACGGGCAAGAUGAUGUGCAGUCUUGCAGAUCAAGUAUGUCUGAUGAAGGUGUAUCUGCGGACGUGACCGGCAGUCACAAAGAUCUCCAGGAUUCUACGGCAGGUGCAGGUGCAUCACUUGUGCAAGUGCCCAGAGCACCGCAGCCAAUGCCAUCUUACGAAUUUCAGCACCAGGUGCUCAAGAACUUCAAUAUACUUCGCCUUGCGAUACAACAACAGGGGGAACUCUUGUCAAGCCUAAUGCCUCUUCAAAACUCCCUCUCUGAGGCUCCCAAGUUGCUAGAGAACCCGCUCAGCUCUGUAAAAGAAUUCGAAACGUUUGAAGGGCAGCUAACACCAGACCGUGAGAAGCAGUUAGUACCAUUCACUCUCACAAAAAAUUUGUCAAAACUACACGGUACGAAGUAGAGCACCAGAUAAAAGAGUGGCUACGCCAUGCGAGGGACAGGGCAGAAAGAGCAAGUGUUCCUAGAAGGGUCCAGGCACAAUCAACAGCAUGAAUGCAGAUCUCUCCCAAGUUGUAAGAGUGCUCGAUGGCCCACUACGUCUCACGGCGCCAGAGUUUGUUUUAGUUGGGUUUUUUAGUUUUUGCUGCUGAAUGCAAAAGUUCUUGAGAGUGCUCGAGGCAUAUGCUAUACAUCAGGGUCCAGCGCUAGUUUUUUUUUUCCUUCGGUCAACUUAAGAAAGUUUUGAAACGUGCUCCAGCCUCACUUUGUCUUACCGGUUUCAUAUUUGUACUGCUCAGCCUGAGGAAAGUUUUUAAGUGUGCUCGAUGGCCCACCAUAUCUCACACCAUCGGAGUUUUAUUUGUGUUUUUUAGUUUGUGCUGCCCAAUGCGAAAGUUCUUAAGGGUGCUCGAGGCAUAUGUUUUUUAUCCGAAUCCAGCACUAGUCCAUUUUCACGUUCAUACGAAAGUUUUGAAAGGUGCACCAGCCUCACGUUGUCUGUUUCAUGUUCAUAUCACUGAGACUGAGAAAGGCACAUACCAACAUCUGUCCAUUCAUUAACCUUUAUUCAUUGAUAGCCUUUUUUUAGUUUCUAAGAGUGCUCAAGGCUAACAUUUCCUUACCAGUUCCUCGUUAAUUUUGCUCAACUUGAGGAAGUUUUUCAGUGUGCUCCAUGGCCCACUAUAUCUCACGCCACCAGAGCUAGUUUUAUUUCUGCUUUUAUAGUUUGUGCUGUCUCAUGCAAAAGUUCUUAUGGGUGCUCGAGGCAUAUAAUUAAUAUCUGAGUCCGGCGGUAGAAUUUUUUUUUUCGGCUUAAAGUUUUGAAAGGUAGCUCUAGGCUAACGUUUUCUUACCAGUUGCGCACUAAUGUUGCCCAACUUGAGGAAGUUUGUAAAGGUGCUCGAGGCUAACGUUUUCUUACCAGUCUCCCGUUCUGCUCAACUUGAGAAAGGUAUGCA